AUAUCCGUCAACCACCCGUAAACCCAUCUUUCUCCAAUACGAAAAAAAGUCCGAAUAAUGUUUAUUGUAUAUAUUUUAUAUUAGUUUUAAUAUUCAACUUUACAACUAUUCAGAAUUUUAAAACCAACACAUUGCGAUCGUAUAGAAAGCUAUAAAAUGUGAUUCAGUUCACCGAAACAUGUGUUUAAUAAUAUUAGUGCAGUGAACGUGUUUAUUGGAUUAUAAAAAUAGUGCAAUGAAUAAUAGUACAUAUUUUAGCGAGUUCCACUGCUCGAAAGAUGCACUUACGGACACUUAUGGCUGGUUUAUGCAAUUUCUCUUGGCGGUUUUGGCGUUUACAUGCCUGAUCGGUAAAAGAUUUUGUGAGCCCCGCUAUGCCAGAAGGCCAUGGCUCAUUUGGUUCUAUGACACCUCUAAACAAGGCCUGGGCGCUCUAAUCAUACAUGCAGCUAACAUUUGGAUCUCUCCACAUUUUGAAGGAAACACUUGUACUUGGUACAUAGUGAACUUCAUGGUGGACUCUACAUUAGGGUUACUCAUCAUUUGGGCAGGCAUCAGGCUUGCUCAGUACUGUGCUAGACAUUAUGACAUCCCACUUAUUAAUUUUGGGGAAUAUGGCAAGCCCCCAAUGUGUUCAGCAUGGCUCUGCCAAUGCGUGCUUUACGCCGCGCUAGCAACAUUCGCAAAGUCGGCGCUAGCGUUAAUACUGCGGUUGCCGCGCGUGGCGCGCGCGUUGGCGACCUUACCGCUGUCGCCAGUGUCCGACCCCAAGUUAGAACUGGCCGUCGUUAUGCUCAUCAUACCCUUCUUUGUCAAUAUUUUAAUUUUCUGGGUGACAGACAACUUCCUGAUGUAUCAUCCGAGAGGAGUGAGUUCGAAGUUAAAAUCUAAGCAUUUACGAACGGAUAAACCUCUCCAGGUGAGAUACCAGUCAAUAAAGAAGGAGAAGUCAGCCUCCGAGGAGGAGGACCACUCGGCCGACGAGCGGCUGCUGGGCGCCAACGUAUGACCCUACCCCAAAUCCCGAGUGCUUCGGGCAUAACGCAAUCUCUUACACCCUUAUUCAUAAAACUUAUCUUACCUGUGCUACUAGAAUUCAUGUAUCUCUCUUAUUAAACUUGAAAAAGACAAAACCAAGUUAAUAUCAUUUUUAAAAAGUAGGUUUGAUGGACGUUUAUGAAUAAGGGCAGUAGUUUUUAGGUGCGUCCCAUUCUCAUUGCGGUAGUUCCGCGUAUGCAGGGCUAUAACCGCGAAUACCGAAGUUCGCAAAUUGCGGGCAUCUUUCUCUGUCACUCUAACUACGCCUUAAUAGGUGUUUAAGAGAAAGAUGCCUGCAAUUUGCGAACUUGGGUGUUCGCGGUAGGCCCUCAGAUUACUUGUCUGUAAUAAUUACUAAGGAUACCCGUCAUCACAAUCAGUCCGUGCCUAAAAUAUAGACACAGACUAACGAUGGAAUUGGAAUGAUUACUGUAGUUACCUACUCGUACUUCGCCUGGGAUUUUCUCGAUGAGCGUGGGACAGCUUUAGGACUUGUCUUUGUCAGUAUCAAAAUGAUGUCACUUCCUGCUUCCCGGUGUAUUUACUUCUAGAUAGGGAAUGCAAUAACCGGUCAAAUUCCGGUCGGUCGGUUCGGUCGGUUAUGACCGACAAAUAACCGGUUUCGGUUAUAACCGGUUAUUUUUCAUUACUGAAUGUAACGGGUAAAUAUCACUAAAUAACGGUAUAAACUAGGUAUCGGGCAUAGCAAAUGAAACAAAAGCUUAAUUUUGACUUGGUUUAUCAAUUUUAAAGAGAUUUAUGAAUAUUAUUAUUUAAAAUUUAACAAUCAACAUUAGUAAAGUAACCAUAUAAAUUAUAUGGUUACUUUACUAAUCAUAUAAUAUAAAUUAUAAUAUAAUAUUAACAGUUCAAAUCUACAUGUUUCAUAUCACAUAUCGGUGUAUAAAAAUCUUAACUUGCUAUAUUAAUUAGUUUACUACUACUGUUUAAUAAUCAACAAAGGGUUAAGUCAACAAGAGUAUACAUCUACGAAUAGUACGAAUGCGUUAACAUGUGCUAUUUCCCGAUAAACAGAUUGGUGACUGACGUUCUAACUUAGCCGCUCAGGUAGAUCCAUUAGCUUAAACCACCCUUCCUUAUCACAGUGCGAAAGAGACAUAAGAUUCUUAAACAAUAAGACGGUAAUAAACAAAGGAAGAGAAAGCGGCGCUGGGUCGGUUGCCGAUGCCGGGUGACGACCAUCGUGGUAUUUUCGGGAUUAGCAGCUAGUAUUAGCACUAUUUAUUAUGUCUGUUGUUAACCGGUAGACCCGCAUAUAUUUAGUUUUGACUUGAAAUAUAUGUGAUGUUAUUUAAUAAUCAUUGCGUACUUAUAUGUUUAUUACAAUUAACAAAUUCAGGAUUUAUAUGUCAAUGUCAAUUGGUAUUUGUUGUAUGUUGUAGCAAACUAUAGGCAAAAAAUGCAAAAAUGUCAUACGAGAAAUAACCGAUAAUAACCGAAACCGGUUAUUUUAAACUCUCAAUAACCGAUUAUGAAAAAUGGCCAAAUAACCGGUUAUAACCGAUUGUUUCGGUUACGGUUAUAACCGGUUUGCAUUCCCUACUUCUAGACUAUGACAGCUACUUCCAACAAUGUGGAGUACACGAAACCCUAAUAUUCCCUAAUAUAUUCCCUGUUCGCCAGUGUAUAAGGUUUUCGAUAAGACAAAAAUUAAUUUGUAAAUACUGCUCAUCUGGGGGGAAACUUAAAAACUACCGCAAGUAAUGUUAAACAUCUCCUUGGCAGUGUUGGAACUCCAUUUCUAAUAAGUGAAAUUAGAAAAGGAGUUCCGCUUGUAAUAUUAGUUGUAGUUUAUUAUGCAACACGGCCCUUAUUGGAAAACCAUAUUAAUAUAUGUAGUCAAUAUAAAAAUCGUUGAUACUGAUAAAGGAUUAGUAAACUAAAUUUUAAUAUGGUGUAAAUUAUAAUCAUGUUUCAUGGGAUAAAAUAGUUAUGUAAUCAUAAACAAUGUAUAUUCGCACUCACUUAAAUGUGCUUUAUUCUAAGUAGGCAUUUAUAAAAUUUGAAUAUGCCGUCGAGUGGCCGCUAAUACAAUAGUGAUCACUGAUCAGGUACAGCCGCGGAACGCAAAUUAUCACGUGAACCUUUACAGCAUUGAAAUUGAGUCGAUAGUUUGAGAAUCUUUAUAUUGCCCAACCAUGAAUGUUGGCAAGAAUAGGUUAGCUUCUUGGGCACAGCCACAGCAUAUACAGACAUGCUUACCAUCAUGUAAGUGAAAUGUAACUAUAAUCCUCAGAUUUUGAAAUACACACUGUCUAUGUUAGCUCAUGUCUGUCCCCUGUGAUGUUAACGUUUUGUAUUAUACCUAAUGUAAUGUAGUACGACUACAAAGCUCAUUAUUAUAUAAAUGGCAAUAUGUUUAUAUGUUUUGUAACUAAUAACAUAUUUAAAAUACAACCAGAUUUGGCUUUGAUAUUAUUAAAGUAAGUAACCUACCUCUGGUACCCAAAUGAAAGUAAUGCGACAUUGUAAAAUACAAAAUACUGUACGAGUAUACAUAUAUCACAAUAUUUAUUAAAUUAAAUAAGAAAUUAGAUAGCAAUAAUAUGGUAUUAUAUGUGGUACUUUGCUUAAUGUAUAUUAUUGUGGGUAAGCGUACAAUUAAUGACGUUUUGUCUUGAUCUGAAACUCGUGUUCGAUUGACGCAAGUACUUUGAAAAUCAGAUUCCCUUUGGGAGCUUAGGUUGGGAUCCUACCGACUGCGCCAAGUACUUGGGAAGCGACAAUCAAACACGAGUUUCAGAUCAAGACAAAACUUUAUUUACCUUACCCACGACAUGCAUGAAUAUACAUUAAGCAAAGCCCCUACAUUAUGUGAAUAUGAAUACUCAUUCAUGGAACACGGACAUGGACACAUGUUUUUUUUAAAUUCGAUUUUAUACUGUAGGAGUGGUCACAUUUCUAAAGAAACUAUAAACGCCCAUAUUCAUUAGGUGUUAAUCCUGGCAUCAUUGUAUUAACAUCAUUCAUACAUGAAUAAAGUUCCCUGAAAAAAAAAGGCUGUUCAGCUUAAACCUGAUCUACUAACUUUUGGAUCAUAUAACUCUAAAUAUAUUGAGAGGCGUUGUCAGGUAAAAUUCAAUGACUAAUGUUCUAAUGUACCACUCAAUCUAAUUGUAAAUACUGCGACCUGCGACGUGUAAUGCCACGAUGGAACAAAAUUGUGUUGAAGAACAUGCUCCAAAGUCGCUGUAAUAAUAAUAGGCCGCGAAACAUUACUUGCGCGCAAGGCGCGCCGGCAAUAAAUUUCGUACAACAUACCUCGGCUCGGCCACAUUAUUUCGCAUUACCGGCUAGUCAACCAGCCAGCAGGCAGCGAGGCGAUUUUAUGAACAUAAGGGUAUGAUCAUAAAAUCGCGCUUUACAUAACAUUCGGCGGACAAGUCCCUAUUUCCCGGCCUCUAUAGUAAUGUUUACUAUUAAUUGAGGGACUAUAUUAGUCGUAGAUUUGCAAAUCCACGGAUUAUGCAGGUCCAUAGCAUCUAAUUAUAUAGUUAAAAUAAUUUCACGACAUGAUACAGUUCAGGUGUAUUGCAAUUUGCUAUAAUAUGUACAAAUACCGAGUGAUUUGCUUUUUAUAAAGCUAUAAAAAUAAAUAUUUUUGUAUCUACAUUUAAUUUUUACAAUGUAAAUGAUUUACUUAUAUCGUUCCUACCUAUAAAAAACAUAUUUUGUACUUAGAUUCUCAUGUUAGUGCCAUGUAUUUCGACAUACAUAAUAUACAAAACAUCGAAUUAAGACUGAAACAGUCGAAUGUCUUCUCUAUAUCGCUCCACUGAUCGAUUUAAAUUAUUUAAUUGAAUUACCAAAAUUAAUAAGUUGUUAUUCGUUAGCGAAGCGUGUUUUCUAAAAUCCGAAUAAAGGUCAUUUUAAUUUCUUAUUCCUUUCUUUACCAAUAAGAUUUCAAUAUUCAAGUCAUGGCUGUAAAUAGGAAAAUAAGAAUUAAAUAAUUUUUAUAAGGAAAAGUGCUGUGUAAAAAUGUGCAUCUGUUCAUUGUUUGGGAAUAUAAUUCACAUCUAAGUGUU